GUUUAUUGAGUUGAUCUUCAGAAUUCGGAUAUCCCUAGCUAUCCUCAAGGAUCAAACAGAUAAAAAGCCUUCUGGUGGCACAUCCUACGGAUGCGAAAUUGAUGACUCCCCGCAACGGGGCUGGUCUCUCAGCGGUCACAUCAAGCCUAUGGCACUCCAAGAUAGGAAACAGGAACCGCGAGUAGCCCUGAGUGGAGAGCUCCGAGACCUGAUAGACUGCAGGUUCGUGGUCAUGUCACAUUCUCGCCCUGAUUACUCUUUCGAGUGUCAACAUUCCAGCACUCUUAGCCAUUCGUGGUUCAGGCUCUGGCUAUGCUGUCGGCCUUGUUUCCCUCCGCCAUGGUUCAUGGUGGAUGCUCUGGACUGGGCAUGUGUCUCAUAGGUUUUCUGACGCGAAUUCCUGAUAAGGGAGAGAUUUUUUCGAACCAUUGGGACAGUUCGGGAUUCGUCAUGACUAGAUCAGACAUGCUUGAACAAGAUCUGCCAGUCAUCCACCCUGUUCUGUUCUCUUUCCAGCGCCGUUUGGAGGAACAUUUUGACUCGCUCAAAGCAUUUGCAAUACAGAUAUACGAUGAACUAAAACGCAGUACACGAUAUCCUGGGAAGACACCGGUGCGUUUGAUGAAGGUCUCGCACACAAACCAAAGUCAGCAUCGCAGCAGCCAAGGUCUGCCUAUACUGUGUGAGCGCACAACAGAGGUUUAGACAACACGAUUGUUCAGCUCACAAGACGACAUUUCCGGCGACAGUCGCACCUGAAG